CGUCCUUCCCUGAUUGGUCCACGCACACAGACCCCGCCUUCGAUCCCGGAAGUGAAAGCCCCAAGACUUGAUGUGUGUGUUCGGAUUCCAGCGAUUGUGUCGGUAUAGGUGGCGUGUGGCGACCGCUGCGGAAAAUGGACACGCUCAACAAGCUCAAACAGUUUGACGCUUACCCCAAAACUCUGGAGGAUUUCCGGGUGAAGACGUGGGGCGGCGCGACCGUGACAAUCAUCAGCGGCAUCAUCAUGUUAAUCCUCUUCAUUUCCGAGCUGCAGUACUAUCUCACUAAAGAGGUGCAUCCUGAACUAUACGUGGACACGUCCCGAGGAGACAAGCUGAAGAUCAACAUCGACGUGAUCUUCCCUCACAUGCCCUGUGCCUAUCUCAGCAUCGACGCCAUGGACGUGGCCGGCGAGCAGCAGCUGGAUGUGGAGCACAACCUCUUCAAGCAGCGACUGGACAAAGAUCUCCAAGCUGUCACGCAAGAGGCGGAGAAACACGAACUCGGGAAAGCUGAUGACGGACAAGCCUUUGACCUCACCACGCUAGACCCAAAUCGGUGCGAGAGCUGCUACGGUGCGGAGACGGACGAACUCAAAUGCUGCAAUAGCUGCGACGAUGUGCGCGAGGCAUACCGGCGUCGAGGCUGGGCCUUCAAGAACGCCGACACCAUUGAGCAGUGCAAGCGAGAAGGCUUCACGCAGAAGAUGCAGGAGCAGAAAAACGAAGGCUGCAAAGUGUACGGAGUUCUGGAGGUCAACAAGGUAGCGGGAAACUUCCACUUUGCUCCAGGAAAAAGUUUUCAGCAGUCCCACGUGCACGUGCACUCUGUGGAAAUUCACGACUUGCAGAGUUUUGGCUUGGACAACAUCAACAUGACCCAUUUGAUCAAACACCUGUCAUUUGGGGAGGAUUACCCCGGCAUCGUGAACCCCCUGGACGGCACGCAUGUGACGGCGCCACAAGCCUCAAUGAUGUACCAGUAUUUUGUCAAAAUUGUCCCAACUAUUUACAUGAAAACCGAUGGAGAGGUUGUAAAAACCAACCAGUUCUCAGUCACCAGGCAUGAAAAAGUGGCCAACGGCCUAAUAGGUGACCAGGGCCUGCCCGGGGUCUUUGUAUUAUAUGAACUCUCACCCAUGAUGGUGAAAUUCACUGAGAAACACAGAUCCUUCACUCACUUCCUGACCGGUGUGUGCGCCAUCAUCGGGGGCGUCUUCACAGUUGCCGGCCUCAUCGACUCUUUCAUCUACCACUCGGCUCGCGUUAUUCAGAAGAAGAUAGAACUGGGCAAAGCCUCCUAACCACUGCGCCUCCCGCUGGUCUCCGUGUGGCCACCUGAGCACGACACACGGACGGACGGACGGACGGACGGCUGGACGAGAGGCAGGCAGAGGACCGAGCAUCUUUGCGUCGUCCUGUCAGCCAGAUGGACGGAUGUUCAGAUGGAAAGGCAGAGAAGGACGUUGAACAUCAGCCAGGUCCCCGUCUCCCUUUUUUUGUCGGUUUCCUAUGAGCGCAAUGACUCCCCCUGCUGGCCCAAUCCCACCGGGAUGGUCAUACAUACUGUCAGUCAAAUACAACGAGCACAUACCACCUGUGGGUUGUCCUGGAAACAACAAUAUGGCCAAUGGCUCCGCUCCUUCUUUACACCCUUGUGUCUUUUGUCUCCUCCUUGGUUGUCUGUUUUGGUCCUUCACUUAUUUGCCUUGUUGUGUCCGCUAUAUCGAUCCCUUGAUUGUAUCCUUUUCAUUGGGUUCCUUGUGGUGUUUUUGUCUUUAGCAAGUGCCUACAUUUUUUUUGUAGGCACCCUUUGCCUCGGUGCCUUGUUUGCAUUGUACAUGUAGGCCUUUUUUUUUCUUCACUUCUUUCACUUGGUCCCUUGUUUUUGUCCAUCUACACCCCCUCUUUUCGUACUUUGCAUAGUUGCUUUGGUUAGCGCCCUUUUUAUGUCCUUUGACCCCCUUUUUUUCUUUUUUUUUUUUUUUUUGGUUUACAUUCUGUGUGCGUCAUCUGUCUUUUUGUCCUGUCUAGUUUUUGCAAUGUCUUUUCUGUUACUUUAAUCACUAGGUCUUGUCAAUAUUUACUACUACAUCUCAAAAGGACCUGUUUGGGUCUUGAGAAGUACGAAUUGCACAUGAAUAGAUUUCCUUUGGCUGGCCACAAAAGUAUCACAAGCGUGAAAGGGAAAAAAACGUUGAGUCUGAAUCAUACGAAAAGAACAAGGCGAGUCAAUGAAUUCUGUUGAUUGUUUAAUCUGGGCAACGGGCUGCUUUUUUUUUAAGGGUUCCUGCAGAUUAUCAUUUGUAGUUGUCAACAUUGCCCAACAUUUGUCUUCAUUUUAGUGAAUCUGAGACAGUCCUGCGCGGGUUUGUCUGGAGUUUGGUGGUCCAUUCAGUCAGUGAAGGCCUCCAACAAGCCAAGUAUGAACAGUGCAGGCGGUAGGAGUCGCGUUAACAUUCAAAUCAGGGGUACGGCGUAUGUACUGUAUGUGUGUGAGUGUGCGAGGGUAAAAUGUAUUUAUAUUUUGAUUGUCCUCAAAACUGUUUUUUAAAUGACACAAUAAAUGUGAAAGACACCAGC